AAUUCAAAUACCCUCAACUUUGAAGAGGUGUGCGGUGAACACCCAAACUUGCGCAUUUAAUAUAAAUAUCCUGAACUUUAUAUAAAAAGUUAUGCUAGCACCCGUGGUCAUGUGAUUUUCUUUGAAAAAUGUAUUUCUGGUGUGAAGUACGCAAUUUAAAAUAUUUGCAUUUGUGAGGAUACAAUUAACAUAUAUAGACUAACGAAUUAUUAAUUAUUCCAUAAUUUGAAGCUAAGAGCUUGAGUGCCAAUUGCAUUCUCAUAAAUGCUAAAUGUAUUUAAAUUAUUUAUUUAACACCACAAAUUUAAAUUUGUGAAAAAAAUCAUAUGACCGUGGUCCUCACAUAACUUUCAUAUAAAGUGUAACACCCCGUCCUCGUAGGACCCGAGACAGUUACUUCAGACCUGUAGUACAGUCCUCACAAACCACCAUGAGCAUUUACUGCACACUUUGUUCUCACUCAUGCGCGCUCUGAGAAACUUCCCAAGGGGUCACCCAUCCCAAGACUGCUCCCGUGCAAGCACGCUUAACUUUGGAGUUCUUGGGUGAUGAGCUCCUUUAAAAGGAGAUGCACAUCUGUUAGUAUGAGUAGUAUUAUUAAUCCUCUUAAAUUAAUCUCGGGAAUUGCAUAAAGUUCAGAAUAUUUUUAUUACAGACGUAAAUUUGGAGUGUUCACUUCACACCCCUUCAAAGUUGAGGCUAUUAAAAUUAUUUUCCUUCAAUUUUUUUAGAGUGGCGUAACAUUCAAUUAUAGACUACUAUGAGGUGGUGUUUUUAGAAAAUAAUAAAAUAACAACUAAAAGUUAAAAUAUAUGAAUAAAAAAUAAUGAUAAUGUGGAAUUUUUAUGUGGGUGCGUUGACAACUGUGUUUAUGUGAAUGUGUGAUGCGUAUUGGUAGACAGCAAUGUUGACCAUGGAAAAAUUAUAUCAUCAAGUCAUCAACAAUGAUGUAUGUGUCUCGGUUUUCGUCCAUAUUCAAAUUAUAUCUCAUUUCUCCCCUCACUCUAUCUUCUCUCUCGUUUGAGUCGUUUCUCUCUCCUUUCUCUCUUCCCCUCUCUCCCUUCUCUUUUCUCUCUUUAUUACGGAGUAUUACCCAAUCUCUUCUAAAACUCUCUUUUUUCCUUCUUUAUCAUCUUUUCUCUACCUUCUUAUAUAAAAUUUUUUUCAUUAUUUGCAUAAAACUAUCUUAUUCAUCUUAUUUCAUCUAUUUUGAUUAUUUUCUAUUUUUUUUUCAAAUUACAUGUAAAUUGAUUACAUAUACAACCAUUGUCUGUGACUCGCACAACUAUUGUCUGUAUGGUAAAUAUUGUCUGUGCAGACAGAUACAUAAUUGUUUGUGCAACAUGAAAAAAUUGUCUGUGCACACAGGCACUGCACAUAUAUUGAUUGAUUUGCAAAUUGGGGUCAGUGUCAGGCGGCAGUCAGUGUUCUUUUUACAAAAAAGUAAAUGUUUGUGGACACAAACAAAAUUUGUCUGUGUACACAAACAGUUCUUGUAUGUGCUCACAGGCAACUUCGUACCAAUUGUCUGUGACCGACAUUUUGUGUACAAGUUGUGUACAACUUGUGUACCCCUAGCAUUUCUCCAAAUUAAUUCUAGAAACUACAAAGAUAGGAUAUUCCCGCUUGGGUAUCUUCUUGAAAUAUUUAUCCCUUGUAUAACUAAAACUUCCCCACUUUCCCACCUAACUUGUUUUUUUCCCAUAAUAAUAUUUAAAUCAAUCAUAUUUAAAUAAUUUCGUAAUUAAUAAUUAAAUAAUUAAUUUUUAUGGACUAAUAUACCCCUUAGGUUAAGCCUAUAAAACCCUAACCUCCUACUCUUCUUCUCCAACCCUAGCCUCUAGCCUCCCACUACUCACGCACACCCGCCUGCCGUUGCUGCCCCCGCUGCCGCCCAGCCGCCACCUACCUCUGCCACCCCACCACCGCCCAGCCGAUGCCUUGUCGUACGUCCGCCUGCUCAUCACCUCCGUCUAACUGCACAGUCGCAUGUUCACUUCCUUCGUACGUCCAGCCCGCACUCGCAGCCGCCGCCGAGCUUGCCCUAGCCGCCGCCGUCCCGCCGCACAUUUGCCUCAUGCCUCCGUCAACCAGCGUACUUGAUCUCUUGCCGCUUGAGAUUAAGGUUUGUUGAGUUCUUCUUCUAUUUAAUGAAAUUAGGGUAAUAAUUAAUGUUGCCAAAGAAUGGUGAUGGUCGGACGCCGCUCCAACAACUCAGAUUCUGCAGCAAAACGGUCGAGGUUGAAGACGAACCCAAGAAUGAAGAAGAACCCUAGGUUGAAGACGAUUGAGGACAGUUUGCAAUGAAUAUUUUUUAUGUAAUGUCGUGAAUAUCACAAGAACUACAAUGAUUAUGACAAAGAAAUGAAAUGAUAUGACCAUAUAUAAAGUGAUUUUGACAAAAAGUGCAAUAAUGUAGAGCAUUAACAUUGAUAUAAACUGCAAUUAUCAAAUCUAAAAAAUUAUAAAAUGCUAACAUUUUUGUCAU